CGGUCGCGCACCUCGCACAUACCAAUUUACGCCACUGAUCUGGCGUGGCAGUGGAGCACAUUUUGCUCUCUGUAACUGUAAACAAAUUAGCCGUCACGCCCACCAGUGUCCUUAUAAAUGACCCAACUGUCCAGCCACAUGUUUUGGUUGUACUAUCUGUCCCUUCAAAGACUGUCUGAUUGCGGUGUUCCAUGUACAUAACGCUCCAUGUAACGGUAAAGACACUACAUGUCACAAUCAACAGUCACCUAUAAGUUCCCCAUUGUCCAGUUACAGCAUUUUUUGGGACCUGUCAAAGACUAUCUGGCGCUGGAGGACUCAAAAUGCACACAAUGCUCUCUGAAACUGUGAACAAAUUACAUUUCAUGAUUGCGACACUCCUACAAACGGCCGCUUGUCACAUCCUUUGUUUGGGAUACUUUUUCCCACUUUUUGUGCCUUUCGAAGACAAUCUGGCACGGCGGUGGAGGACCGGCGCGCUCCAAAUGGGUUCUUGCUGAGACUGCUCGACGUUGAGCUCCAUUGAGAGGCGCUUGAAUGCCUUCUGCUGAGGCAGGGCAUCCAGCGGCCAUGCUUUGGAUGGCCUCCGGCGUGGCCCGCUGGCCUUUGUGUCACCCAACAAUGACGAACGCGCCAUUGUUUGUCGGCCCAAUGGCCAACACACACACGCACAAUGUAUGUGUGUGUUAUGUGCCAUUCUGUGCAUGUAUGUUGGCUGAAUUUACUUUUUCUCAGCAUUCAGAGGGGGAGGCCGCGUCACCGCCGCGGGGAGCCAAUCAGGCACUUGUUCUUUGGAUUUAUGCCAGCGCGUCCGGCUUGGUGACUUGAGUCAAAUUGGCAACAUCGGGGGGGGAAAACACACACACACACACUUGCGCACACACGCCGCACCAUAGAAGGUGAGCGAGAGAGAGAGCGAGGGGGACGAGAUGCCCUACACACCGUCUGGCUUUUUCUGCGACCGGCUCAUCCGGGAGCGAGAGCGGCGCGACGGGGAAGGCACCCUGAACAAGCCGCUGCGCUUCAAUGGGCAGGACUUUGGCACCCUGCGGCGGGAGUGGGCCCAGCGCGGGACCCUCUUUGACGACGACUCCUUCCCGCCCAACAUUGAGUCGCUGGGCUUCAGGGAUCUCGGACACAAGUCCAACAAGGUCAAGAACAUAGUCUGGAAGAGGCCCAAGGAAAUUAGCGAGAACCCGCAGUUCAUUGUGGGCGGGGCCAGUCGUACCGACAUCUGCCAGGGAGAUCUCGGUGACUGCUGGCUGCUGGCCGCCAUCGCCUGCCUCACCCUCAACGAAAAGCUCCUCUACCGGGUGGUUCCUCCGGAGCAGAAUUUCACGCAGGACUACGCCGGAAUCUUCCACUUCCAGUUCUGGCGCUACGGCGACUGGGUCGACGUGGUCAUCGACGACCGCAUCCCGACUUUCAACAACCAGCUGGUGUUUACCAAGUCGGCGGAGAGGAACGAGUUCUGGAGCGCUCUGCUGGAGAAGGCAUAUGCAAAACUGCACGGCUCCUACGAGGCCCUGAAGGGCGGCAACACCACCGAGGCCAUGGAGGACUUUACGGGCGGGGUGACCGAGUUCUACGAGAUGAAGGAGGCUCCCAAAGACCUCUACAAGAUCAUGAAGAAGGCUCUGGAGAGAGGCUCCCUCAUGGGCUGCUCCAUCGACUCCCUCGUCCCUGCUCGCUUCGAGACCCGGACCUCCACGGGCCUGGUGAAGGGCCACGCUUACUCCGUGACGGCGAUGGAGGAGUGUCGGCCCUUGCAGCACAGAGAGACCAAAGUGCGCCUGGUGCGUCUCAGGAACCCUUGGGGCCAGGUGGAGUGGAACGGACCCUGGAGCGACAACUCAAAGGAGUGGGCCGCACUAUCCAAGGCUGAGAAGGAGAAGCUACAACACCAGAGCGCAGAGGACGGAGAGUUCUGGAUGUCCUUUGAGGACUUCAAGAAGAACUACACCAAGAUCGAGAUCUGCAAUCUCACGCCCGACGCCCUGGAGGACGACAAGAUCCACAAGUGGACCGUCUCUGUGAACGAGGGCCGCUGGGUGCGAGGCUGCUCGGCCGGAGGAUGCAGAAACUACCCUGACACUUUCUGGACCAACCCUCAGUACCGCCUUCGCUUGCUGGAGGAGGACGACGACCCUGAGGACAACGAGGUGGGCUGCACCUUCGUGGUGGCUCUGAUGCAGAAGAACAAGCGGAAGGAGCGCAGGAUGGGCGCCAACCUCUUCACCAUCGGCUUUGCCAUCUACGAGGUACCCAAGGAGAUGCACGGCAACAAGCAGCACAUGACCAAGGACUUCUUCCUGGUCAGUUCGUCCAAGGCGCGCUGCAAGUCCUACAUCAACCUGCGCGAGGUCACCCAGCGCUUCCGGCUCAGCCCCGGCGAGUACGUCAUCGUGCCGUCCACGUACGAGCCGCACCAGGAGGGCGAGUUCAUCCUGCGCGUCUUCUCCGAAAAGAGGAACACGUCAGAGGAGAUUGAGAACAGGAUCGAGGCUGACCAUCCUGUGCCAGCGCCGGUCUCAGCAGGGGAGGAAAGCGAGGAGGACCAGCAGUUCCGGACUAUUUUUCAGGAGAUUGCGGGUGAAGUGAGUACAAACAACCGGAGGUGGCAAAACGAGAAGUGUAGAGACAUGGAGAUCACGGCCAACGAGCUGAGACACGUUCUCAACAGACACAUCGUCAAACACAAGAGCUUGAGUACAGAGGGCUUCAGCCUGGAGAGCUGCAGGAGCAUGAUAGCUCUGAUGGACAUGGAUGGGACGAGUCGCCUCAACCUUCAGGAGUUCCGCUACCUGUGGAAAAAAAUCAAAAAAUGGCAGGAAAUCUUUAAGCACUACAACCCCGACCAGUCGGGCAGCAUCAACAGCUACGAGAUGAGGAACGCCGUCAACGACACAGGCUUCCGCCUCAACAACCAGCUGUACGACAUCAUCACCAUGCGCUACGCUGACGAGAGCAUGAACGUCGACUUUGACAGCUUCAUCAGCUGCCUGGUCCGCCUCGAGGCCAUGUUCAGGGCGUUUCAGGCCUUCGAUCAGCAUGGAGAUGGUACAAUUCGACUCAGCGUACUGGAGUGGCUCCAGUUGACCAUGUACGCCUAAAGACGAAGAGGGCCACCUCCUGCUCAUCCGCACGAGGACCAGACCUGCCAAGACUUUACCUCAUGACUUCCUGUGCCGCUUCUCAUCUUCCUCCCUAUUUUGCCAACACUUCCUUCUCAGUUCAGGCCAUUUGCAUCUAUUCUGUGCUUUUUGUCCUACGCCCAUGCCCAACCCAGCCAAAGAAAUCACUCUCUCUCUCUCUCUCUCUCUCUCGCCUUUUUCAUGCUAAGAGACAACUUUCCUCCCAACCCGCCAACAGUUCCUCCUCAGUUCCGGCCAUUUGCAUCUAUUCUGUGCUUUUGUUCUUCUUCCUCAACCCGCCCAAAGAAAUCACUCUCUCUUUUGUCAUUUUCAAUUAUAGAGACACCCUUCCUCCCAUUCCACUCCCCCACUUUUUCAGUACAGGUGUUUUGCAUCUAUUCUGUGCUUUUGUCCUCCUACCACCCCAAAACACCUAAAGAAAUCACACUUGUUUUUUAAUGCCUUUCUUCCCAGUCCACCACUUCUUCUUCCUCCAUUUUCAUCCAUUUUUUGCUUUUUUCCUAACACUCCCAACCCGCCCAAAGAAAUCACUCUUGCUCUCUCUCGUCUUUUUCAUGCAUGGAGACACUCUUCCUACCAUUCUGCCAUCAUUUCCUCCUCUGUUCAGGCCAUUUGCAUCUAUUCUGUGUUUUUGUCUUUCUUCCUCAACCCGCCCAAAGAAAUCACACGCUCUCUCUCUCUCUCUCUCUCAUCUUUUUCCAUUCAUGGAGACAUGCAACCUUUCUUCCUGCCAACACUAUCUCCUCAGUUCAGACCAUUUGCAUCUAUUUUGUGCUUUUCUCCUUCCCCACCAACCCAACCCAACCCGCCCAAAGAAAUUACUCUCUCUCUCUUUCUCUCGCUUGUAUUCAUGGAGACGCUCUUUCCUUCCUGCCACCUGUGUACUUUUUUCCCCCCACUCAGGCAUCACACACACACAAAACGACCUCUUUUGACAUCUGUCACCAUACCUCACGGAGCCUCCCCACCUCACACAUAUACACAUACACACGCGCGCACACACCUGUAGGUGUAGGUGAGGACUCACAGUGGACAAUUUGUCAAUCUAGUUUUUUUGUUCACACCAACAUUUGAGGUUCCAAUAAGGAAUUGAAGAAGAGAAUACGGCUAUAAAAGGUUGGACAGUUUUUGUUGUGAUUUUUCUUUUUACUAUUUAAGGCUUUGGUCAAAUGAGUGUAAUGCGUUUUUAAAAGAAUUUUAUCCCUACCAAUAAAUCAAUACAUGUUUUAAGUUA